AAAAAAGAGUGAAAUAAUGUGAGGCAGCUCUGAAGACCUAAGAGGCAGGACAUGACACAAGUGGCACAUCCCGGCCAUGGGGUCCCAGCAUUCUGCUUCUGCUCACCCCCCUUCCUUCAAGCAAAGGAAAGCAGAUGACAGAGAGGACUUGCUGGCCAAAGGGGAGCAGGAAGAAGCCAUUGCUCAGUUCCCAUAUGUGGAGUUCACCGGGAGAGAUGGCAUCAACUGUCUCACUUGCCAGGGGACAGGCUACAUUCCAACAGAGCAAGUAAAUGAGUCAGUGGCUUUGAGCCCACACAGUGAUCAGAGAUUGUGUCCUCAGAGAACUAAGCAAUAUGUCCUCUUGUCUGUCCUGCUCUGUCUCCUAGCAUCUGGUUUGAUGGUUUUCUUCAUAUUUCUACAUUCGGUCCUCAUGGAUGAUGAUGGCAUCAGAGUGGUGAAAGUAAUGUUUAAUAAGCAGGAAUCCCUUGUAAUCCUCCCCAUCCUGGCCACCCUGAAAAUCAGAAACUCCAACUUCUAUCCAGUGGCGGUGACCAGUCUAUCCUGCCAGGUUCAGUACAUGAACACCAUGGUCAAGUCACACAUGACCACUAACGUCUCCCUCAUUCCACCACAGAGUGCACACCUGGUGAAUUUUACUGCAAAGGCUGAGAUGGGAGGACCAUUUUCCUAUAUGUAUUUCUUCUGCACAUUACCCGACAUCCUGGUGCACAACAUAGUGGUCUUCAUGCGGACUUCAGUGAAGAUUUCCUACAUUGGCCACAUGAUCCAGAGCUCCUUGGAGACACAUCACUAUGUGGAUUGUGGAGCCAAUUCCAUGGCUAUUUAGAAACUGGCCUUGGUUUUUCCAUGGCAGCACCUGUCAGAAGAGACAGCAGCGCCUGGGCCUGAGCUCCAUACCUACCCCAGGUGGUGGAGCUGGGGGAGAAAAUGGUUUUCUCAGUCCCCAGAAAACACCCUCCUGCCACUUGGGAGGAAAACUCCUUUCUGUAGCACAGUGUACACUUCUCAGAACCAGCAGGAUCACUGCCUAGUGCCUAGCAUGUGCCCAGCAAAUAGUAGGCAC